GACAGUUUCAUUUAAAUGGGAUGCACAAACCUGGAGAUGUGAUUCUAGGUGGAAUUUUCAGACUUCACUUCUUUCCAGCUUAUUCUGAUCUGUCUUUUACCUCAGAGCCACAACAGCCUACCUGCUAUGGUUUUGAUGUUAUGGGAUUCAGACAUGCUCAGACCAUGGCCUUUGCUAUUGAUGAGAUCAACAAAAACUCCAACCUGCUGCCUAAUGUGACUCUGGGAUACAGUCUGUAUGAUAACUGCGUCCAACUAGGAAUUGGAUUUCGUGCAGCAUUGACCUUAGUCAGUGAUCAAGAAGAGCAAGUUACAUUAGAGAAGAACUGUGUAGGAACUCCUCCAGUCCUAGGGAUUGUGGGAGAUUCUUCCUCGACUCGUACUAUUGCCAUAUCCACAGUCCUGGGUUUGUACAGAGUGCCUCUGGUGAGUUAUUUUGCCACAUGUUCCUGCCUGAGUGAUCGACAAAAGUUCCCAUCUUUCUUUAGGACGAUCCCGAGUGAUUCUUUUCAGGUGAAUGCUAUGAUUCACAUUCUAAAACACUUUGGUUGGACUUGGGCAGGUCUGAUCAUCAGUGAGGAUGAUUAUGGUUUCAAUGCUGCCCGAUCCUUUCACGCUGAUCUGGGUCCAGCUGGUGGAGUUUGUCUGGCUUACACUGAGAGUUUGCCCUGGGGUUAUGACCCUGCUGAAGUGACGAGGGUAGUGGAGGUUGUGAAGAAAUCUACAGCUCGAGUGGUGAUUGUGUUUGCACAUGAGAGUAUCAUGUUUAACCUCAUGAAAGAGGUAGUGAGGCAAAAUGUGACAGGCUUGCUGUGGAUGGCCAGUGAAGCCUGGACAUCAGGCACUUCACUCCAAACUCCUCACUUCAUGCAGUACCUGGGUGGAACACUGGGCAUUGCCAUCCGUCGAGGAGAAAUACCAGGACUCAGUGACUUCCUGUUAAAAGUGCGUCCUGAACUAAACUACACCACCACCAAUGGAAAUAGCAUGGUGAAUCAGUUUUGGGAACACACACCUCCUCGGUCAGUGUGCAGUGAGAGUUGUCCUCCAGGUACCCGCAUGGCCAUAAAGAAGGGGGAACCUGAGUGUUGUUUUGACUGUGUCCCUUGUUCUGAAGGAAAGAUCAGCAAUACAACUGACUCCAUGGAGUGCACCAGUUGUCCAGAAGAUUUCUGGUCCAGCCCCCAGCGUGACCACUGUGUUCCUAAGAAAACAGACUUCCUCUCCUACCAUGAGCCUCUGGGUAUCUGCUUGACAACCACCUCACUGUUGGGCACAUUUAUCUGUGUUGUUGUUCUGGGCAUCUUCAUCCAUCAUCGCAGCACACCUAUAGUUCGUGCCAACAAUUCAGAACUCAGUUUCCAGCUCUUGGUAUCACUUAAGUUCUGUUUCCUCUGCUCGUUGCUCUUCAUUGGACGACCCAAACUUUGGACUUGUCAACUAAGACAUGCAGCAUUUGGCAUAAGCUUUGUGCUUUGUGUCUCAUGUAUCCUGGUGAAAACCAUGGUGGUUCUUGCUGUGUUCAGGGCCUCCAAACCAGGAGGUGAGUCCAGCCUGAAGUGGUUUGGUGCUGUGCAGCAGAGAGGGACAGUUCUGGUUCUGACUUCUGUUCAAGCAGCAAUCUGCACUGUCUGGCUUGUCUCUGCUUCACCAGUGCCUCAUAAAAACACCCAGUAUCACAGUGACAAGAUAGUUUAUGAGUGUGCAGUUGGGUCCACAGUUGGUUUUGCAGUUUUACUUGGUUAUAUUGGUUUACUGGCUGUCCUCAGUUGUUUGUUAGCUUUUCUAGCAAGGAAUCUUCCAGACAGUUUCAAUGAGGCCAAACUCAUCACUUUCAGCAUGUUGAUCUUCUGUGCAGUGUGGGUGGCUUUUGUUCCUGCUUACAUCAGCUCACCAGGUAAAUAUGCAGAUGCGGUGGAGGUAUUUGCCAUCCUGUCCUCCAGUUUUGGACUCUUAGUGGCACUGUUUGGACCCAAAUGUUAUAUAAUCCUGUUGAGACCAGAGAGAAACACAAAGAAAGCCAUCAUGGGUCGAGGCACUGAGUCAUAAAAACUUCCUCUGAUAAAUGUUAUCCAUAUUAUUUUUAGCUUGAAGUAAUACAAGUACAGAAAAAUAUGUGGACAAAGACUAAAUGCACAACAUGAAUCAAUUUAAUUUAAUAAUUCAUGCAUUAAGACACGUCAUAUUUGUCCUCACAACCACUGAGAGAUACACUAUUAUAGGGGAAUACUGUUAUUGGUUUGAGUUCUGAGGCCUAAUAAAAGUUUUUGUAUCACUCUCUAAAUAAAAGUAAUUUUUCUCAUUCA